AUGCUAUUUCCAACUCAGGUGGCGUUCGGGUUCAGUGUCUGGCACCACGUUUUUAACAGGGACGGAAGUCACAUCUUUCAUUCUGUUUUGAAUACCGCAAAAGCCGAGUGCUUGACUACGUCUGAGGUCGAAAAGUGCCGGAAUAUCAUCGGUUGGUGCGACGAAGACAACAAUCCUACAGAAGCUCAAUACAACAGCAGGAGAUCCGAACUCCAUGAUAAAGGGUCCGCUUGUGGCUUAAAACAGAUCACGAUCAAUAUCUCCACGUUCGGUGACGCUGGGUUAGGUUUUGCGAUUGGUGAGAAAGAGAGGCCAUCACAUCUCAGUCCCAAUGAGUACCGCAGCCGCAUCCAGACUGCCGCCAAGCAAUAUUUCGUGCUGUGGGAUAGUGGCGACAGGCGAGGUCGACUUGUCAAUGGCGCAGAUGCUCUUCUCCACCUGGUACGCGCUUCUCUGUGGCAGGAU